GGAACAAGGACACAUCAACCACAGCUUAAGUAUUUCUGUCUUAAUUAAUUUUAUUGAUUUUUUUUGUUUUUUGUUAAAGUAUCAAAGAUUUUUAUUUGACUUGGACGAUACUUUAGGGUCACCCCACCCCGCUCCAGCAGAAUGUGGGGAACCCACAGGAGCCGGCGCCGAAGCGGCUCCGGAGCCAGCGAGGAGCCGGAGAUCGCGGUGAACAUCGGCGGGCUCAAGCAGGUGUUUUGCCGGGACGUUCUCAACCGCUUCCCGGACACCCGCCUGGCCCAACUGGUGAACUCAGCGCCCGCCCUCCCCGCGGAGGACAUCUCUUCCCUGUGCGAUGACUACGACCCGGAAAAGGGAGAGUUGUAUUUCGACAGGGAUCCAGACGCGUUCAAGUGCAUCACGGAGCUUUAUUACUACGGGGAGAUCCACGUGAAGCGAGGCAUCUGCCCCGUCUGCUUCAUGAAGGAGAUGGACUUUUGGAAAAUUGACUCGGAUUUCUUGGAUGAGUGCUGCAAGAGUAACUUGCAGGAGGUGGAGGACGAGCUGGAGGAGAUCGCCGAGAAGGUGAGGACUAUCCUGGUGGACCGGGAAGGAGAUCCGAGCGCCAUCGGCUGGCAGCGCUUCCAGACGUGCCUGUGGAGGCUCAUGGAGAAGCCCGAGUCCUCCUUGCCGGCGCACAUCAUCGCCAUCCUCUCCUUCGUGUUCAUCCUCGUCUCCUCCGUGGUCAUGUGUGUCAGCACCAUACCGGACCUGCAGGUGGAGGACGAGGAGGGGAACCUCAUGGAGAACCCCACCUUGGAGUGCAUCGAGACGGUGUGCAUCGGCUGGUUCACCGUCGAGUACGUCCUGCGCUUCGUCUCGUCCCCGAACAAAGUCAAGUUCGCGCUGGCCUUCAUGAACGUGGUGGACUUCAUGGCCAUCAUGCCCUUCUUCGUGGUGCUCCUCCUCACCUCGCUGGGCGCGGGCGUGAUGGAGCUGGCCAACGUGCAGCAGGCGGUGCAGGCCUUACGCAUCAUGCGCAUCGCUCGCAUCUUCAAGUUGGCGCGCCACUCGUCGGGACUCCAGACCCUCACGAGUGCCCUGAAGAGCAGCCUGAAGGAGCUGGGCCUGCUCCUCAUGUACAUGGGUGUGGGGGUCUUCCUAUUCUCCGCACUGGGCUACACCGUGGAGCAGAACCACCCGGAGACCUUGUUCACCAGUAUCCCGCAGUCCUUCUGGUGGGCCGUGAUCACCAUGACCACGGUGGGCUACGGCGACGUGUACCCCAAGACCACCUUGGGCCGGUGCAACGCCGCCAUCAGCUUCCUGUGCGGUGUGAUCGCCAUCGCCUUGCCCAUCCAUCCCAUCAUCAACAAUUUUGUCCUGUUCUACAAUAAGCAGCAGGUUCUGGAGACGGCCGCCAAACACGAGAUCGAACUGAUGGCCUUGCGCUUCGACCAGGACGGUGGCCAACACGAACACGUGUGUGGGGGUGAGGACGCCCAGGUGGUACUCCUGAAGACCCCCCACAAGGGAUGGGCAACGAACCGGGGCCCCAACACGAACGCCAACUCGGAGAGCACAGCUGAAACCAAACACUGAACAGUUCCUCACAUGGAUACAAUGGUAAAGCAUGCGGAGAAUGCCGAGGGGGGCCGUUCACCCAACGGGUCCACCAUCUUGGGAGUGCCCGGAAAAAAUUAAGAGACCGCUACAAAAUGAUCAGCUUCUCUAAAAUAGCUGUUUAUUGGAACCAGUGGAAAAUAUAGAGAAAGUGAAAGUAACACUUGGGUCCAUGCAUGUCAAGUCUGUUAAAAAUAUUGAGGUAGAUUCAAACGCCUGACCUCAGACCUGUGAGGCGGAUGCACCAUCCACUCCGCUGCCUAUGUGAAAUCAAAUGUAUGUAAUAAGAAUUACUUUAAUUUUCAUAUUCGUAAUCAAUUUAAUCAUAAUUAAUCAAGCAAAUAUUUCAUUUAAAAGAGCAGAGUGGUCCUUAUGUGGCCUGCAGGUCAUACUUUGCCCUAAAGGGUAAAAAAAAAAAAAAAAAAGAAAGAAAGGCUUAAAACUGGACUGGACUCACAGUUCAGUUUAAAUACUUGACAAUAGACAAUAUUACCCCACAUAAUUGCUAAUCAAAUCUAUACUGUGCCUCUGCUUGAACACAACAAUGGCGACGUGAUUGUAAAAAAGGAAAUGAUGGUAGGGUCACUCAGAAGCAGUCUUGAAGGCUUUGAAAUGGAUUUGAAGGUGCAUUCAAGUACUGACCCAACGAGCUGUGCCUUUGUGAUUCUCUUCAAGGCAGGUGGAUUGUGACAUUGAAAUGAAUUGUCACGGAAUAGCUGCAUUUACAAUGGAUAUAAAAGGUCUACAGACCCCUGUUUAAAUGAGAGGUUGUUUUUGUGAUAUAAAAAAAAAAAAAAAAUUAGACCAAGAAAAAUGAUUUCCAAACUUUUUCCGCCAUUAGCGUCAGUUAUGCCCUGUGGAACUCCAUUGGAGAAUAGAAAGAAUACAUAUUUUCCUCACUGAUGGUAGGAUCAUUUAAAGUGCCUCUGAUUAACCCCGAAUAAAGCUCAGAUGUUCUUGUAGGCUUUUCCUGACAUUUUCUUUUACUUUAUAGCAGAAGCUUGAAAGUUUUGCACGAACGCUGACUGAUAGUUGUUAAUUGUUCACAAUUCCCUCCACCUAGUUGCGAUGCAACCAUGACACAUUUUGCCACGAGCGUUCGGGAGUGUUUUUGAAAAAAGAACACUAUACAUACAGUGAAGCAUGGCAUUCAUUCUGAACACGACAACAUACCCAGUUAUAAGAGGGUGUGCACACAUGUGCAACCACAUUAUUUCAGUUGUUUAUUGUUGCUUCCCCUUUCUAAAAUAUAUAUAUUUUUUUCAAGUUGAGUACAGGUUAUAGUUCACAUUAAUGGCGGAAAACUUUUUGAAAUGAUCUUUAUCUCAUAGUGUAAUAUUACAAAAAGCUGGCAUUUGAACAGGUGUGUGUAGUCCUUUUAUAUCCACUGUAUAGUAACAAGCCUUAUAUUUGUGAGCCUUAUUAUUCCUCUCUAUAAAUCAUAAUGUUUCAAUGUUUGUU